GAAGGUAGGCAGCGAGGGGAGAGUGGAGGGCAGCGGGUGUGAAACGCCAGGGAAACAGCCAGAAAGAUACACAAUCAGACAGGGAAACCGAGAGAGAGAGAGAGAGAGAGAGAGAGAGAGAGAGAGAGAGAGAGAGAGAGAGAGAGAGAGAGAGGAUGGCGAACGUAACGUACGACCUGCAAUGGAGGGGGUCGAUAAACGAGCUAAUUGACCAGUUGGAGACUGAGCGGCUUCUGGAUGUGAGUUCAGAUGGUAAGAGCUGGACAGAUAUUGCAUACGUUUACAUCAGAUAUAUCCAGAUUUAUAGGCAGCUGGAGGAAGCGUACGACCAGGUCGUGCACCCACAGAAGCGAGUUGACCUUAGAUUUACUCUCGAGGCGUGUAUCGGACGGCUACUAGAGAUUAAGUACUGGCUUGUCAAACUCAACCAUUUGCACGAGGCAGUGAGCCUCGACGACAUUCUCCUGGACUUGAAGCUUAGUCCUGAUGUUCUGGAGAUCCCUGUCCCUCAGUUUUAUACUAUCGACAGACGGGAGGACUUGGAGAGGCGAAAUAACUUCCUCCAUGCGCUAAUGGAGAAGUACAACAAGACUCCUCCAGCCUCAGGCCCUCCUCCCCCCCUCAGACUUCCUCCGUUGGCCAUAGACGAAGCCGUGCUAAUGAUCCAGUCACAGGAACGAGGCCGUCAGCUGCGCACUAAGGUCAAAGAGAUUCGAUUGGUUAAGCGACUGCAGGAGGAAGAGCUUCGACACCAGCGACAAGGCGGCGAGCUGCUGAGUCCGGAUGAUGCGGCAACAAAAAUCCAGUCGAUCGUUCGCGGGUUUCUGGACCGCAGACGAAUGAAGAGGAUAGCGCACAACGAGCUGCUGUUCAUCGGGAUGAGACCGCCCCCGCGCGAUCCCAACGAAGACCCUUUGCUGGUGGAGGCGCAGAACAAAGCGAGGAGGAAAGAUGUGCAGGCGCGAAACAAGGAGGAGUACGACAAUGCACUUGCGCCGAUCAAGAAGAAGGUGAAAGAGUCCGAGGGACUAGAUAUGCGGGAGUUUGUGCAGGACAAGAUCAAUCGCUGGUUCAUCGAGAACCGAGACCCGAAGACGGGCGACUACCCGGACAUUCCUGAUGAGGCGGAUGCGGGAUCGAAAUACAUCAUGAACCCUCUGCCGAAGCUGGUGGUGAUACCGGAGCCAGAAGAGAAAAAGAAGAAGGACCCUAGAGCAGAGAAGAUCGCGGCAAAUCGAGCAGCGGCAAAGAAAGCCAAAGAGAAAGCUAGGAAGGCGGAGGCAAAGCAAGGAAAGGGUAGGCGAGAAGAAGUGGUGAAGCCUCCCGAGGAGACUUGCCCGAUCUAUUUCCGGGACCACAUCCGGAAAGCAAUUAACACUUAUUGCACCCGAUGGCAGGACAAGGAUGAGACCUCUAACUUCCACCAGAAGCACGACGUGGAGCUGGUGAAGGACGCGAUUCGACCAUCCAUCUUUGAGGAGUUGAGAAAGGAGGUGGACAUCGAAAUGAGGACUCUCCUGGAGAACCUCAAGGAGAUGGUGAUAGCCGAGAGGGCAGCUCGGCUGGGCAAGCAAGGCCGAAAGGGUAGGCGUGGGAAGAAAGGCGGCAAGAAGAAGAAGAAGAAGAGCGGCAACAUGGCGCUCCUGAUGAUGCAAUUCCUUGGCAUAGGCCCUGCUAAAGGCAAGGGCAAGGGUAGGAAGCCGAGGGACCCGACUGCUGAUCGCAGUUUAGAAUCGCUCUACGCCGAGCUCGUUGGCAACGGCAUCAUCCAACCAUGCCCUCCGCGAAAGUUCUCCGAGUACGUCGGAGGGUACAACUUCUUGGGCUCGACGUUGGAGAAAGCCAAGAUCACUCCUGACCCGUCCAUCGCCCAGAUACGUCAGCUGAUGAUCGAGUACUGCGUCUUGUCUCUCGGUUCCCAGUUCCUCAACGAGAAAGCUCCGCCCAUCAAGACGCUGCUUCUCUUCGGAAGUCGGAGGGUGGGGAAGACUUUGCUUGUUCAUGCCGCGGCGCAUGCCGCUGGCGCCAAUCUCUUCAACCUCACUCCGAGCAACACCGACGGUCUCUAUCCCGGCAAGCAGGUUAACUUGAUGAUGCAUAUGGUUUUUAAAGUGGCGAAGGUGAUGGCGCCAUCGAUCAUCUACAUCGACGAGGUGGAGAAGGUCUUCGUCACGGAGAAGAGGAAGGCAAGGGAAAUGGCGGGAACAGAGUUGUCUAACCGAAUACGGAAGGAGCUGCUAAAAGCCGUAAAGAACCUCGUCCCGGGGGAUCGAAUUCUAAUUAUAGGAUGCACGUACCGGCCCAUGGAUUGCACCACUAAGAACGAUUCCAAGAACUUUGUCAAUUUUUUCAACAAACACAUCUUCGUCCCUCUCCCGGAUUACGCAAGCCUCCGACUCCUGUGGCCUGCCCUCAUCAGUAGACACGGCGGCUCACUUACCCAUGAGUUUGAUCUGUCCACGCUCUGCCAUCUAUCGCAAGGUUACACCCAAGGUGACAUAGAGCAAGUUAUCGGGACCGUCCUCACCAAACGACGACUGAUGAAGCUACCUACCAAUCCACUCACCGUAGAAGAAAUCACCGAUGUGUUGUUCAAGCUUAGGCCAGUAGAUAAGGAGUCGGACCUUGUCAUUAGGGAUUGGUCAUUGACCCUGCCUGAGAACAAGAAGAAAGAAGAAGUGAUGAAAGAAAAGGCCAAGGACGAGAAGGGAAGACAGAGCAGAGCAACAAAUAGAAGCAAGAGUGCCAAAUAGUUGCAUUCUGAAAUUCAAAAUGUCUGUGCUGAAAGCUUGUGCCGCAGCAGGAGUCC